UGUCUGGAUUGUGUACUAUUAGUUUUGGAGGAAACAUGCAAAAUAUAAAAGAACUCAAACAAGACAGGGUGAUUUUACCAAGUUUAAGAGGUAGCAGCAGCAUGGUCAACAGGUGCUCGUUUUGUAGCAGAGCUAUUAAGACUAUGGACCGGACAACUUUAUUUUUGUAAAGCAUGGUUACUAAUAUUUUCAUAGAUCAUUUGUUGUAUUUAUAUUUCCGGUUUCCUCCCACUUUCAGCACUUCUCCUUUCUGCAGAGCCGCAGCACUUUCACGCACAUCUCUGCAGAGACUCAGAGAGCAAAGUGUCCUGCGGUUCAUCACUGUCUCAGUCGGAGCUGCUGCCUCCUUUGGGUCAAGAUGCUCCUGCUGCUCGGUCUGCUUUGCUCGAUCUGGGCAGAACCUGCUCAGAGUCUGGAAGAGGACGGAGGUUUCAGCUUUGAAGGGGACCUCCGCCUGCUGACAGUGAGCAACGACUCUGUUUACAUCGCUACAGAGGAAAAGCUUUACCAGCUGAGUCAUGAUCUGGUUCUGAUCCACAGCCUGACCCAAAGAGGGAUCUUAAAAAACCCGUACCAAGAGAACAGUCAGGAGUUUUACCGAGUCUCUAUGAAUGGCGCCUGGGACAAAACUUUCACUGUUAAUGUUUUAUUACCAUUUGUGAACAAUGACACAUUGAUCAGCUGUGGUGCAACUGAGCAAAACUGUGGUUUCUGUGAGGUUCUGGACCUGAAGAACAUCUCCAAAGUUCUCCACAAAGAACCCGUCCAAGUGGGUCCUCUGAGGAGCAUCAGUGGCUCUGUCAGCUUUCUGGUGGAUGUAAAGGAUUCACUGCAGACUCAGACUUACAUCCUGACUGCCAUGGAGAAUCACACAAAGACAGAGAAGAAGACAGACAACUGUCCCAGUGAUUUAGGGAUGAUCAACCUUCACAACACAAACUACAAGCAGGAUGGGGACAUAUUUUCAUUUAGUGGACGAAGUCCUCCCCCCAGGAUCACGGCUGAAGCUGAUGUAGAGUUUGUGGAUGGUUUUCAAAUCAACUCAACGGUGUAUCUGUUCUCCAACGUGGCAUCAGGAAAUAAACCCAAUAAAGUUUGUCUGGUCUGGCUUCAGGCUAAAACAAGGAAAUCUGAGACUCUGAAGUCUCUGCAUGGAGCGCCUCUCAGGACCUCUGAUGGAGGUGAAGGCAGCAAACUCCUGGCCUCCUCGGUCAUCCCAGAUGGACAGCAGGUCCUUUGGAGCGGAGUGUUCAGUUUGGACGGAGGAGCGACCAACACCGAGCUGCUGCUGUUUGACAUCAGUCCUGAUGGGUAUAAUCAGACAUACACAGAUCCAGACUGCUUUAACAAACCAAAGAAGCCAGAAACGAAGUCAGAACCACAUACCCUGAAACCAAAGGUUGUUCUUCUCAAACACAAUCACAUGAGAUCUGUGUUGGCGGUACGACACGACGGCUGGAUAGUCUUCUUCAUUGGAACAACAGAUGGACUGCUUCUCAAGAGACAGGCUGUCCCCAGAGCUGGUGAGAGAGCGAAGGGGCAGCAGGAGAACCAGCAGCACCGCAGAGAGGUUACAUGGAGCACUGGAAUGCUGGAGUAA